AUUCUCUCUCUAGGGUUUUAACCAGGCAGAGACGCAGAGAGAGUUACAUCAGAAGCAGCCAUGGCUACGUACGACCUAACACCACGGAUUGCGCCGAACCUAGACAGGCACCUGGUGUUCCCUUUGUUGGAGUUCUUGCAGGAGCGACAGCUCUACCCUGAUGACCAGAUCCUGAAAGCCAAGAUCGAGCUCCUCAACAAGACUAACAUGGUCGACUACGCCAUGGACAUCCACAAGUCUCUCUACCACACUGAAGAUGUCCCCCAAGAUAUGAUGGAUAGAAGGGCGGAGGUCGUGGCUAGGCUUAAGUCGCUGGAGGAGGGGGCGGCACCUAUCGUGGCUUUCCUGCAGAAUCCGAAUGCAGUGCAGGAAUUGAGAGCGGACAAGCAGUAUAACAUCCAGAUGCUCAAAGAUCGUUAUCAGAUUGGACUGGAGCAGAUUGAGGCACUAUACCUGUACGCCAAGUUUCAAUUUGAAUGUGGAAACUACUCUGGUGCUGCUGACUAUCUUUAUCAGUAUAGGGCCUUGUCUACAAAUAGUGAAAGAAGUUUGAGUGCAUUAUGGGGGAAGCUUGCAGCUGAGAUACUGAUGCAGAACUGGGAUAUUGCUCUUGAAGAACUUAAUCGGUUAAAAGAAAUAAUUGAUUCGAAGAGUUUCUCAUCACCGUUGAAUCAAGUGCAAAGCAGAAUAUGGCUGAUGUAUUGGAGUCUCUUUAUCUUUUUCAACAACGAAAAUGGAAGGACACAGAUCAUCGACCUCUUCAAUCAGGACAAGUAUCUAAAUGCGAUUCAAACCAAUGCUCCUCAUCUUCUACGUUACCUGGCAACUGCAUUUAUAGUAAACAAAAGGAGAAGACCUCAGUUCAAAGAGUUUAUAAAGGUCAUUCAGCAAGAGCAGCAUUCUUACAAGGAUCCCAUCACUGAGUUUUUGGCAUGUGUUUAUGUCAAUUAUGACUUUGAUGGGGCACAAAAGAAGAUGAAAGAGUGCGAAGAAGUGAUAUUGAAUGAUCCAUUCCUUGGAAAACGAGUUGAAGAAAGCAACUAUUCUACCGUUCCAUUGAGAGAUGAGUUCCUUGAAAAUGCUCGCCUAUUUAUCUUUGAAACUUAUUGCAGAAUCCAUCGUCGCAUUGACAUGGGAGUUCUUGCUGAGAAGUUGUAUUUGAACUAUGAGGAGGCUGAGAGAUGGAUCGUGAAUCUUAUCCAAACCUCAAAGCUUGAUGCCAAGAUUGAUUCGAAGUCUGGAACUGUUAUAAUGGAACCCAAUCAUCCCAACGUAUAUGAGCAGUUGAUCGACCACACAAAGGCAUUGUCAGGUCGUACUUACAAGUUAGUUGGUCAACUACUUGAACAUGCACAGGGCCAAACUGCUAGAUAAGUCUGGUGAAGAAAGUAUUUACUUCCGUGUUAUGGUACCAAGAGAUUGUCUUUUUUCUGAAUCUCAUGUGCUAAAGCAAGACCAGAGAGUUUGUUUACUUUUUAGGCAGUUUACAUGCUAAACUCAUCAAGUUUUUGUAUAAUCAAGUUGUUGGUCCCAAGGAUAAUGAGAAGCACCUGCGAUGAAUGACUGGAAGAAAUCGAUGCCAAGGAAAUGGAGGAGGUAAAUGGAGCCGAUGAGGGAGACAAUGGCGGCGAUCUCAGAGAGCUUGACUACAAGGAGGGGCGUGGAGUUACAAUCUGGAAUUCCAUCUCUUGUUUGGUUUCUGUUAUUAGUGGGAAUUCGAACAUGUCUCUUCUGUACGGAAGCUUCAUCGACGCUGCUCCUUUUAGUAUCCUAGUAUUAUGGUGUUAAAUGGAUUGUUAUGCGUCUUAUAUUAUUUCUUGCUUCUAGGGUUUCGAUUAUGCUGAAUCUUGUCAAAGGCACUUGUUGGCUGUUUAUUCUUUCAUUAGUUGUGUAAUUUGUACUCUCUUUCAGUUUCCUUAGUUGAAAUCAAUCGAACUCAGUUCAUUACCAUUUGGGUUGUA